ACCCUUCGGUGAUGCACCUUGGGCAAAAGUGGUUUUGGGUCCAAAGAUCAGCGCUGGGACCGGUAACCUGCCCGCAGCAAACACAACCCUGCAGGGUAUAAAACCCCAGCGGCGCAGGACAGCCCGAGCCAGGAAGGAGGAUGGAAUCCAGCAUGAACCUGCUGCACGACGCAGGCAUCCAGGCCACACACUGGCUGCAGGAACACUUCCAUGGCUCCCAGGACUUGUUCCUCUUCAUCUCCUUCGCUGCCGACCUCAGGAAUGCUUUCUUUGUCCUCUUCCCUAUCUGGUUCCACUCCAACGAGGCCGUGGGCAUCAGGCUCAUCUGGGUGGCUGUGAUCGGUGACUGGCUCAACCUCGUCUUCAAGUGGAUCCUCUUUGGGGAAAGACCAUACUGGUGGGUCCAUGAGACAGAUUAUUACAGCAACGCCUCUGCCCCAGCCAUCCAGCAGUUCCCACUCACCUGCGAGACUGGCCCUGGGAGCCCCUCCGGACAUGCCAUGGGUGCAGCAGGUGUGUAUUAUGUCAUGGUGACUGCCCUCCUCUCCUCUGCCAUGGGGAAGAAGCAGAAGAAGACACUCAAAUACUGGGUGCUGUGGACGGUGCUGUGGAUGGGGUUCUGGGCAGUCCAGGUCUGUGUCUGCCUGUCCAGAGUCUUCAUUGCUGCUCACUUCCCCCAUCAGGUCAUCGCAGGGGUCAUCUCAGGGAUGGCCGUGGCCAAGAGCUUCCAGCACAUCCGCUUCAUUUACCACGCCAGCCUUCGCCGCUACGUGGGCAUCACCUUCUUCCUCUUCAGCUUCACCCUGGGCUUCUACCUGCUGCUGCGGGCGGUCGGCGUGGACCUGCUCUGGACACUGGAGAAGGCACAGAAGUGGUGCAAGCGCCCUGAGUGGGUCCAUAUCGACACCACCCCCUUCGCCAGCCUCCUCCGUAACCUGGGCAUCCUCUUUGGGCUGGGGCUGGCCCUCAACUCCCACAUGUACCUGGAGAGCUGCCGGGAGAAGCAGGGCCAGCGGCUGCCGUUCCGCCUGGGCUGUGCUGCUGCCUCCCUCCUCAUCCUGCACCUCUUUGAUGCCUUCAAGCUGCCCUCCCACAUGCAGCUGCUCUUCUACAUCCUCUCCUUCUGCAAGAGCGCAGCCGUGCCCCUGGCCACUGUCGGCCUCAUCCCCUACUGCAUCUCCCAGCUCCUGGCUGCACGGGACAAGAAGGCUGCAUAGGAACGGCCCCGCAGGUAACAGUGUGCCCGGGCUCGGGGCACUCAGACCGUGGGUGCACCCAGCACUGUUUGCUCCCCUAAACCUGCACAUACUGUGGACAGUGAAGGUGCUGCCGGGCAGCUCCUGCAUGGACCAUAGUGCUGGGCACAGCGUAGGCUCUGGUGGGCUGCGGCCAGCCCAUGGCACGGGGCUGUCAGGGCUCUCCUGCCACCCUGCUCGCACCCAGGACCUGGUGCAGGUGGGGACAAGGCUGUGCCCCCCUGCAGCUCAUGGGGCCGCACCACUGCCAUGCUGCAGGGCUGGAGACGGCACCACCGGGAGCAGGGUGCUCGCCCAUGGGUGCUCAGGGGCUGGAGACGGCACCACCGGGAGCAGGGUGCUCGCCCAUGGGUGCUCAGGGGCUGGAGACGGCACCACCGGGAGCAGGGUGCUCGCCCAUGGGUGCUCAGGGGCUGCUGGCGAGGCGGCUGUUACAGGAACAGCAGACUGUGAUUUGGAGACAAAGCACUGGCUUGCAGGAGCCCCCCAGCCCUGUGGUGUCCGGUGCGAUGUGAAGCAGCUCGGGGUACACGUAUGCAUGUGUGUGUACACAUACGGGAUGUGAGUCUGUACACACAUA